UAACCGCUUACAGCUAAGCUAAUCUUUUAACAUUGCUGUCAUAUGGUUCUUAAAAUAUUUCCCCAUUUCGCCAGUUUAUCGGGUAAACAGUAAUCCCAAUUGGUUACCAGUUUACCCAGUGCGUGUUCAAAGUGUCGUCGUGAACGUUAUGACUUAUCUAUUUUUAGAGCUCAGGCUGCAUUCUUAGCAUUAGCUUCUGUCGAAACAAGCAGACAUGGAGACUCGGGGGAUUGAAGACAUGUUUGACUUUCGUCGGUUUCCCAAAGAUCCCGUGGUUCUCCUGCUUCUGCUGAUUUAUUUUCCUGUUGGCAUUUGUUUGAUGCUCAUAAGGAUUUUUAUUGGUGUUCAUGUUUUCCUGGUCAGCUGUGCACUUCCAGAGAGUUUUAUUCGAAGAUUUAUUGUAAGGAUUAUGUGUGCAGUCCUGGGGAUGCAUGUGAGACAGAAAAAUCCUCGCUCCAGAGAUAAAAACAACAAGCUGUUCAUUUGCAAUCACAUAACAGAGUUUGAUCAUAACAUCAUCAACCUCCUGACUCCCUGCAGCACCCCCCAGUUAGAGGGCUCAAUAGGCUUUGUGUGUUGGGCCAGAGGCUUCAUGGAAAUCCAUUCAACAUCAACGCUAGAAGCAGUAGGAGAGUCUCUUCAGAGGUACUGCUCUGCUGAGGGCACUCCACCGUUGCUCUUGUUUCCUGAAGAGGAUACCACAAAUGGCCGUGCUGGUCUGCUCAAGUUCAGUUCCUGGCCUUUCUCUUUGACUGAAACUAUCCAGCCUGUGGCCUUACGAGUGACCAGACCAUUGGUGUCCUUGAGCACACUGGGGUCCAGCUGGCUAACAGAGCUCUUAUGGACAUUUUUUACUCCCUGUACAGUGUAUUAUGUAAGUUGGCUGCCACCAGUUUCCAGACAAGAUGGUGAGUCCACACAGGAGUUUGCCAACAAAGUCCAGGAGCUGCUUGCUGGUGAACUUGGCCUCGUCUCCACUAAGAUUACAAAAGCUGAUAAAGUGGAGCACAUUAAAAGGAAAAGACACUCUGUGCCACAGACCGCUACAGGUGCCACGCCUGGUUCGAUUGGGCUCGGCUUCAUGGCUCAGAGUUUGGGCACAGAUGACCGUCGGAUUGCUAAAAUGGCCCAGCAGGUGAAGGACGUGCUGCCACACGUCCCACUCAGUGUCAUUACAAAGGAUUUGGCAAAAACCAACUGUGUUGACACGACCAUAACAAAUCUGCUAGAGAACAAGGAAGACGCUGCAGUGGAAGCUAGUGGGAUCUCAACAUUUGGAGCCUCUAAGAUGGGCUUUUCUUCUGCUUCUUCAACCAUAAAGCCUGCUGCCAAAUCGUUUGGAAAAUCACCAACGGACAGACAUUUGUCUCUCCAGCAAAGAAAAGAAGCGCUGUAUAAUUUUGCACGAAGACGUUACAUUGAAAAGCACAGACUGGAUCUGGAUGACAGUCAUUGAAUCAACCUUUGGUCAAGUCAUUGUUAGAAGCUGGUCAGAAAGAAGCAUACUGAACAUGUACCGCUUUCUGCUCUGAAUGAUUUUUUUAUUUUAUUUUAGUUUUUCUAUCGAAUGGUUCUGUUUGAAAAAAAAAACCAGAUGUUAUUUGCAAAUGUUAGCAACAAGUAUUCAGAACAUGUAUCCGUUCAUGGAAUGGUGUUAUGCAUGUGUUCAAAUUUUCUUUCUGACUGAUACAUAAUUUUGAUAACAGUUUGUAUAACAAUCCACUGACUGUAAAUCAUCUAUUUAUUUUUAUAAUGUUCAGAAUUGUUGAUGAAAAUAAAUUUCAGCUUGACCUUGCUUUGAAGAAUUUAUUUCAAGCAGGAUGUUUAAAGGAGUCUGCUGUAGUAGUUCAGAUGUACCAGGUACCAAACCUAAAAGCUAGUUUUAUACAGGUUUGGGCAAAUCUACUUUGUGUACAAGUUAUAUAAAUGCAGUUUCAGCCCAGUGUCUGUGCCAGUGUUUCUGUCUCACAAUUGAAGUCUGACAACAUUAGGCUGCAGAAACCACAGAAGAAACGCUCAGAAUCAUGUAUGUUGUAGGAGCUGUAAUCACAAGCAAUUUGUCAAUAAAACCACAUUUACUAGCUAUUAAA